AUAUAUUUUCUUGUUAUUGCAUUUCCAAACUCCACUUAGUGACAAACAUUGCCUGCAGCAGCAAGUACAAGUAGUGGCUUUUAGAUUUUUAAACCCUAAAAUUACCUUAAGGAGGCUGCGACGUGUCAUCGCAUCGUGUUCAGUUGUCAAUAGGACGAUAACCUCAACCUUACAAUCCCACAUUUUAGAAAUUUAUACAAAACCUAUUUUGUUAUUUUAUUUCUACGAUGUCUCUCCCGGAACCUUUGCAAAAGCUCUUCAAUGAAAUAGACAAAAAUAAGCAAUCCUUUAUUAACACCCUAAAAGAAGCGGUAGCAAUUCAGUCAGUCUCAGCAUGGCCCCAGAAAAGAGGGGAAGUAAGAAGAAUGGUAGAAUGGACCCAAAAAAUGAUGGAAAAAUUGAGCAUCACCACCGAACUAAGAGAAUUGGGAAAACAGACUCUCCCUGACGGAAAAGUUAUUGACUUGCCACCAGCAGUUUUUGGCACUUUGGGAACAGACCCAAAAAAGAAAACUGUGUUGAUUUAUGGCCAUUUGGAUGUCCAACCCGCCCUUAAAGAAGAUGGUUGGGAUUCAGAACCUUUUGUUUUAACUGAGCGCGACGGCAAAUUGUAUGGCAGAGGUUCUUCUGAUGAUAAAGGACCAGUAUUAUGUUGGCUGCAUGCUAUUCAAUGCUAUCAGAAAUUGAAAAUUGAUAUUCCGGUCAAUAUCAAGUUCAUUUUUGAGGGAAUGGAAGAAUCUGGAAGUGUAGGAUUAGAUGAAUUGGUUAAUUCUGAAAAAGGAAAGUUUUUGAAUAACGUGGAUUAUGUAUGCAUUUCUGAUAAUUACUGGCUGGGUACCAAGAAGCCCUGUGUAACUUAUGGUUUGAGAGGGGUGUGCUAUUUCUUCAUUGAACUUGAGUGUGCUGCUAAAGAUUUGCACAGUGGCGUUUUUGGGGGUACUGUGCAUGAAGGUAUGACUGAUUUGGUUUAUUUACUAAGUACUUUAGUAAAUAAAGAUGGAAGAAUUCAAGUGACUGGAAUAUAUGAUGAUGUUGCCCCCCUGUCAAAAACAGAGGGUGACAUUUAUAAAAAAAUUGAUUUUGAUGUAAAUGACUACCGCAGUGAUGUUGGUUGCACCCAACUUUUGCAUAAUGAAGAUAAAGAACAGAUUCUGAUGCAUAGAUGGAGAUAUCCAUCUUUGUCUAUUCAUGGUAUAGAAGGGGCUUUUGCUGAACCGGGAGCCAAAACUGUUAUUCCUGGGAAAGUCAUUGGAAAGUUCUCUAUUAGAAUAGUUCCAAAUCAAACGCCUGAAAAAACAGAGAAGUACGUUGUUGACUACCUGGAGCAGAAAUGGAAAGAAUAUGGAAGUCCUAAUAAAAUGAAAGCAUACAUGACUGAUGGUGGAAAUCCCUGGACUGAAGAUCCAACCCAUCCUCAUUACACUGCUGGCUUUAAUGCCACAAAACAUGUGUAUAAAGUGGAGCCUGAUUUUACACGUGAGGGUGGCUCAAUUCCAGUGACUUUGACAUUCCAACAAGCAACUGGAAAAAAUGUUAUUCUUUUGCCAGUUGGUGCUGGAGAUGAUGGUGCUCACUCUCAAAACGAAAAAAUUGAUAUAAGAAACUAUGUUGAAGGAACCAAACUACUUGGUGCUUACCUUUAUGAAGUUGGUCAAUUACAGUAGUGGGGUAAUGGUAAGAUUUAUAUACACUGAUGUGUACAUUUUAUAUUGAAAUGCCUGAUAUUUGUUUAUUGCUAAAUAUUAGCAAAGUAUUUUUGUAUCUUUAGACCUAACAAUGUAUCCAGUUAUUUUAUCCAAAAAAGCUACAUUUUUAUCCUUUUACUGUGUUAGUUAAAUAUUAAAAACAAAUUACAUAAGCGCAAUUAUUAUUCUAGUAGUACCUAAUUAAUCGUUUCUUUCACUUACUUUGCUUUUUGUUGUGUGUCUACUUUGAUUAAUAAAGGUCAUUUUAUUUUA